AUGCUGCCUCUCGUCUUCUUUGGCAUUGCUGCUGUAUCUGCAUUGCCAGCACCACAGGCCUCUGGCUCAAACACAACAAUACCAUCAAAUACCACUGGGACGGUGCCAAAUGCCUGCGCCCAAGUUUCCCAGGCGACUGCAUCCUUCCUGGCUCAGAGUCCUACAGCUACGCCGUCUAUCGCUGCCACCCUUGCCCACCAAUGCCUACAAUCUGUCCCGAACAAGCCCGAACCGGCGCGGAAACUGAUCACGAGCCUGAAAGCCUUCGCCGGGUGGCAGAGCACACUGGCAUGGCUGAAGGAACCCCCGCCCUCAUAUAUGCUCCCUGCAGUGGACAUUCUAGGUGGCCUAAAUAACAUCUCGGCAACAGCAGUGGCAGGUGGGUUUGCCAGCGAAUACGACUUCCAGCUCUCCAUUGUGGAGCUGAUAUCUGCGGCCCACGACGGCCAUUUCGCGUAUCGACCGGACGUUUUCAAGACUUUCAUUUUCCGGAACAACCUCGUAGCGGACCUCGUCUCGGUCUCACGAGACGGCAAGGAGCUGCCAAAGCUGUAUCACUACUCCGAUCUGGUAGGGAAUUCGACGUCGCCUCCUCGCAGAAAUGGGACCUUCCCACCGGCCAUCACCAAGAUCAACGGCCAGGACGCAGCCACAUUCCUCGGCCAGGUCAAUCUCAAGUAUGGCAUAUAUCAGGACCCUGACUCCCAAUGGAACUCGCAGUUCCAGUCGUAUGCCAGCCCAAACGCACUUCCAAUCAUCGCCGCCUCGCUCUUCUUCCAGGGCCCCAGCAUAACUCUCACCUACGAUAACGGCCAAGAAAAGGCCGAGGACAGCAUUGCGUUGGUCCGGAAAACGGUGGAUUUUGCGGGCGUCAGAUCAGGGGAGGACUACUACAACAAGUUCUGUAAUCCUGAUCCGUCAGCGGUAGCUAAAGCAUUUGCUGCCGCUGUAGUGGAAACGGCCACAACCAUGACGGGGUCUGCAACCCCGUCGCCAACGACCAUCGCUCCUCCGUCUUCGGCAACAAAUACCGCCCUAGCACCUCCCGCUCCCACCAUUGCCGGAUAUCCGUUACCAGUUGUUCGGGACAACGGCGCCAACGUGACCUCUGGAUACUUCCUGAACGGCACGGGCUAUGACGAUGUGGCCGUACUGGCGAUCUCGGCUUUUGCCCCCUCGGGAGACUUCGAUUCUCUCACCUUUCUGACCAACUUCCAAGAUACGGUGGGCAACUUUCUACUGCGGUGUAAGCAGGCGAACAAGAAACGGCUCGUCAUCGACGUCACGGCCAACGGUGGCGGCUUUGUCAUUGCAGGCUACGAUCUCUUUGCACAGCUCUUCCCGGACGUAGUACCCUUCCAAGCAGACAACAUCCGACUCACAAGCAGCGUCGAGGACCUAGCCCGGAUCAUCAACAACCUCCCCGACGAGGUCGCCCAAAACGCAACCCGCGAGCAGCAGCAAGCCCUCGCAAUACUAAGCCAGAGCUCCGUCGUCAGCAACCUCGUACCAGGCGGUGUCUUCGCCCCCAACGGCGCCCAACUAACCACCAUAGACGAGAUCCUCUCGCCGGUAUCCCUCCGCGGCGACCGCUUCACAGCCUACCAACAAACCCCGCUGAACGACACCUCCGCCGACUUCAACCUCACGGGAACGGGCAACCGCUCCGACCCUCCCCCGGCCGUCUUCCGCCCCGCCGACGUCCUCCUCCUCACCGACGGCACCUGCGGCUCGACGUGCACGCUCUUCGCCUACCUUCUGAUCAUGCAGCUCGGCGUCGCCAGCGUCGUCGUGGGCGGGCGCCCCACGGCGGGCCCGAUGCAGUCCGUCGCGGGCGUCGAGGGCGCCCAGGUGUUCCCCAUGCUGGAGAUCGGGGCCGCCGCCAGCGCCGCCGUGACCCUUUCCAACGGCUCCUCCUCGUCUAACAUGUCGUCCGAGCUGGCGGAGCUGGCGGAGGGGUACGCGCUGGCGCGGGCGGCGACGGCGACGAAUCCCGGGUCCGUCAAUGGGAAGAAUGCGUUUUCGGCCCACGACGCCGAGACGCCGCUGCAGUUCCUGUACCAGGCUGCGAAUUGCCGGUUCUUCUACACGGCGGAGAUGGUCCGUGGGCCCGGGGCUGUGUGGAGGCGUGCUGUCGAUGCGGUCUGGGGGGACCCGGCGCAGUUCUGUGUGGAGGGGAGUCGCGUUGCUGUUAAUGGCACGGCUGGCGGGGUUGAUCCGCGGUUCAGGGCGCCUGUUGAUUUUUCGGCUGGGGCGUCGGUGACGCCGGGUGUGGGUUUGUCUGUUGUUGUGGCGGCGUUGGUGGUCGUGGUAUAUAUGAUUUAG